AUGAUAAUUAACAUGUUUUGUGCUUUUCUGUUGUUCUUCGCUGCAGCCCGUUUUGAGAUCUUGAAGCAGAGACUACGUGAUGUUAAAAGCACAGACGAGAUGAUAAUACACAUGAAGGAGUAUUGUGUUGUUAAAGGAUACGCGAAUGUAGUGGUUAACAUUGCGAAGUUCAUAACUCCAUGUUCGGUAAUCACGAAUGCUGUAGUAAUAGUAUUUUGUGGCAUAAAUUUAAUACAACCACAACCGCUCGCUGUGAAAUGUCAAUACAUGGCUGUAGUUGCAACUGUAACGCUUGCGGUUUUUGUCACUGCCUGGCCUGCAGAUCAUCUUCUAGACAAGAGUAAUAAUGCAAUGAAGAGUGUAUUCGAAUCAACAUGGUACGAACAAUCUACGAAAGUACAGAGAGACGUCCAGAUUAUGAUGGUGCCACAGCCUCCUGUGGCUAUUAAAAUCCCUUGUGUUAUUUCAACUCUCUCGUUAAGUUACUUUUGCUCGUUCAUCUCGAACGUAUUCUCUUUAUUUUCUGUUCUACGUGUAGCAAUAUCCAAAGAUGAAUGA